GCCACGCGCGUCAGUCUGCAUGUGCGCGAUCGGUGAUCACAUCGCAUCCACGCGGACGCAGGAGACCGAGCGAGCUGACAUUCAACACACUUUUCUUCUUUUCCUCCUUCUCCUUCUCCUUCUUCUUCUUCUUCUCCUUCUUCUUCUUCUUCCUCCUGCACUGCAUGUCAGUAGCAGCUCUCACUUUGCCUUCAACACUUUCCCCCCCUCCAACUCAUCUGCUUUCUUUUUCUUCUUCAUUUUCCCCCCCGAUUUUCGUGGCCACUUUCAAUUUUUUUUUUUUUUUUUUUUUUAAAUUUUAUAAAUAUCUAUAUUUUUUGGUUUGUUUGUUUGGUUUUGACGCGCAGUUUUGUGGACGUUCGGUGCAGAUCGCGCGUGACCGGCGGCGGCGGACGAUGUCUUUCCCCCAGCUAGGCUACCCGCAGUACUUAAGCGCCUCGCAGGCGGUCUACGGGAGCGACCGGGCGGGAGUGCUGACGCCUUCGUCCCGGGGAGGGAGCACCGAAAUCGGAGGCAGUCCGUCGGCCACCGCGGCGGCUGCGGUCACGUCGGUGUUGGGCAUGUACGCCAACCCGUACGCGGCGGCGGCGCACAACUACAGCGCCUUCUUACCGUACACCAGCGCGGAUCUGGCUCUUUUCUCACAAAUGGGAUCCCAGUAUGACCUGAAGGACAGUCCCGGCGUCCACCCGGCCAGCUUUGCGGCUCACAGUUCUCCGGCCUUCUACCCGUACGGUCAGUUCCAGUACGGGGACCCGGCCAGGCCGAAGAACGCCACGCGGGAGAGCACCAGCACCCUGAAAGCUUGGCUCAACGAGCACCGGAAGAACCCUUACCCGACCAAAGGCGAGAAGAUCAUGCUGGCCAUCAUCACCAAGAUGACCCUGACGCAGGUGUCCACCUGGUUCGCCAACGCCAGGAGGAGGCUGAAGAAGGAGAACAAGGUGACGUGGGGCAGGAGCAAAGAGGACGCGGAGGACGGCAAUUUAUUCGGCAGCGGGGACGAGACGGAGAAAAACGAGGAUGAGGAGGAGAUCGACUUGGAGAGCAUAGAUAUCGACAAAAUCGACGAUAACGACGGCGAUCGGAGUAAUGACGAUGACGACGAUAAAUCCACAGACGGGGGCGCGAGGGACGCGGGGGCAGAACUGGACGCCUUGGACAAAAGACGGGCCUUCGGCCUGCAGGGCCACGAGGCCCUGGACAAAUCAAAAGGCUCCGUCUCCGUUCUCGCGGGCUGCAAGGACAACUCGGACGCCACCACGAGAGUUCUGUCUCCGGACCGAGCCGGAGGCUUCCCCUUGCCCUCCGGCAAUAAGCCCAAAAUAUGGUCGUUAGCGGAAACCGCCACGACCCCCGACUCUGCGGCCCAGAAAGCCACGUCCCCUUCUGCUCCGGUGGCCCCCUCUCACCCUCAGAUCCAGGCCCACCCCGCCUUCCUCCCCAGCCACGGACUGUACACUUGCCAGAUUGGGAAGUUCCACAACUGGACCAACGGGGCUUUUCUGGGUCAGAACUCCCUGCUCAACGUGAGAUCCUUUCUGGGAAACCACCACCACCACCACCACCACCAGAACCACCACCUGGCGGCCCCGCAGCAGCCGACGUCGGUGGUGGUGUCCCCGGUUGCAGCUGCGGCGGCCCUCAGUCAAGAGAGCAAGGCCUCGAUGGACAGCCCCAAACACAUAGAACACGAAAACGCUGUACGGUGUGAUUCGCCCCCAACGCCGACCCUGAAGCCUUCUUUUCGGCCCCUUCAUGACAGAUCAUCCUUGCCUUCUAACGCCAGGAGUCCACAAGACGCGACACAACGGAUCCUCACUGCUCUCUCUUCGGCUUGA